AUAUAACGCCUCAGCUCUAAUGUGGUUGAGCCCAUGAAUUAAAUUACGGGUUUUAUAUUCAAAAUAUGUAAUAGUGGUUUAAGUUUUAAGACGAGUUGUAUUUAUAUUGGUCAUCCUAAACAAUUAGUGAAUGGUCUGGAUUCCAGACUCUGGAAAUAGUUCAAGUUCCUUUUUAAUUCGUUAUUUAUUGCACAGCAUUGACGAAUGAAAGAGUGUAUCUAUCUGUUAGGCAUACGAGUUAAUUUGAGUAUAUGUAUAUAUCAACGUUAUCGAUAAUAUUUAUCUCGCUUCAUUCACUCGCAUCAUCAUGCAAGAUCAUAUGAAACAGUUAUGUUUCGUAGUUAGUUCCAAUUAUCCAUCUGUAAUCACCAGAAGAACACUCGCAGCUUAUUUGAAUCUACAUUUAUCCAGUUCCACACAUCGACCCAUGUAGAUAGACUCGCUACAGACGAGCUCCAAACAAGAAUCUAUAAUGUCAAUGAGAGACUUUCUUGAUGGAGAAUGCGGACAAAAUCCCGUUCUCAAAGUUGCAACACAUUUUACCCGAGAUUCUUUGAGUUCUGAUCUUGGUCAAUCGUCGAGGCAUGCAUUUUUUGACGCUGCACAUAAUGUAUCUCAAUUGCCUCCGACGACAUUCCAAAUGGACAACUUGCUUAAAGAAAUUCAUGCAAUGGGACAAACCUCUAAGCCACCUGUUCAAGCACCAACUACUUUGGCAGAAUUGGCAGCAAAUCCCGCCUGGGCAGAGGAAUUCAUAGGGAACGAACAAAGAUUAAUGGAGCCUAGGACUGGCCAAGAAUCUUGGAUUCAAGAUUACUUGGCGUCAAAGGAUUCAGAGUUGGACAACGUUUGGGACCAUCAUGCUCAUCAUCUCGAUACUCAUCACAGGACACCACACUUGCAUCCCGGUCCAAUUCAUGCUAUUCAUCACCCUGAUGUUCAUGUUGGACAGGCAAGUGCCAGAGACCUUCUGGAUGACUCCAGAUGGCUAUCACAAUACGAGUCAGAUAACAAUCUUAACACCAAUGAGUUAGAAAAAACCGAACUUAUGAUUACUGCCGAAGAAUUUAUAAAAUCAGUCUCAGAUCCCAAGAUUAAAGCAACUGAGUUUAUGAACUUUGUCGAAAAGCUGAGUACAGGGGAAAUUGGGGCCGAUGGUCAACACGCGGAUGCAAGGUCUCAACAGUGGGCAUCAGAGUAUGAAAAUGAAGUAUCUGACGCAGAGAUGCAAGCUAGGCGCAACGGAGACUGGGCUGAUGAGUACGUCACGGGCAAUGGAGGAACAGCAGGGUCGGCAGCAUCUGAUGCCAAACAAGAGUUUUGGCACAAAUUGAACGACGAAUGGGAAAAAUUGGCUCGUGAUGAUUCAGCGAACCAUCCUUGGCUAGUUGAACCCUCAGCAUCCAAAGUGAAUGAGCCGUACCAAUUCUCAGAGGAUAAUGCUUUCAAAGAGAGUGAAGAUCCAUUUGAAGAAGGAAAACGAAAACUAUUGGCUGGUGACAUUCCUUCCGCCGCUCUUCUUUUUGAAGCUGCUGUACUCAAACAUCCUGACCAUGCCGAAUCUUGGAUGUUUCUUGGAACAACACAAGCCCUGAAUGAACAAGAUCUUCUCUCCAUUUCUGCCCUUAACAAAUGCUUACAACUGAGCUCAGGAAAUUUAACUGCUCUAAUGUCGCUCGCUACUUCGUUAACGAAUGAGUCAUUUCACUUGCAGGCGUGCAAUGCACUCAAGAGAUGGCUCAAACAUAAUGACAGAUACUCGUACAUUGUCAGUGAAGAACUUGGUGACAUGCUGCCACAAACGACAUCACUUUUACCGUCAGAGGAAUUACAAGAAGUUCAGCGAAUGUUUAUGCAAGCUGCCAGAAUUAAUCCAACCGAAGGUGUAGAUCCAGAUGUCCAAUGUGGAUUGGGGAUUUUGUUUAGUUUGGGGACCGACUUUGAUAAAGCUGCAGACUGCUUCCAAUCUGCUUUGGGCGCUAACCCUGAAAAUCCUUUGCUGUGGAAUCGACUAGGAGCCACAUUGGCUAACGGUGGUAAAUCGUCCGAAGCAAUUGGGGCAUAUAGACGAGCAUUAGAAUUGUCUCCUGGAUAUGUUCGAACUCGGUAUAACUUGGGGAUCGCUUGCGUGAACUUGGGAGCUUAUAGGGAGGCCUCUGAACAUUUUCUGACUGCUCUGAACAUGCAAUCCAACGGGAAAUCUCAGAGUACAGAAACGGGAAGGUCGGCCCAGAAACAAUCAAUUAUGUCUGAUUCUAUUUGGGCCUCAUUGAGAACAAGUCUACACUUAUCAGACUUGAGUCAUUUAUCAAAAUUUAUUGAUAGCAGGGAUCUGGAUGGUCUAAACCGGGAGUUGGCUUCGUAAUUAAUUUAGUGAGUGCAAGCUUAGGAUAUAUUGCACUUGAAUGUCACUCUGUGUGUUUAGAAUAGUUUAGAUGCCAAAGAUUUCUCAUUAUUCAGGUUCUAAUUUCAAUGUGAACAGUUAUAUAUGCCUUUAUACUUUAAUUAAAAAUGUGUUCCUUUCCAUUACCAGACGAAUUGAUGUAUAAAAUAAUGUCAAAUUUAUAUGAAAUAUAGGUUUAGUAAUGGUCUAUCUCGUUGUCAAUUGCUAUCCUCCUCGUAUAAUUUAACAAUCAUCAUCAUCAUGAUAUGCACUUUGUAGACGCCAUCAUCAUCAAGAAACAAUGACAAGAAUAUUUUGUGAACCGAGAGACAUUUGCGACCAAUGUGGUAGGCAGUACCGUGAAUUAUCUUUAUUCUUUGAUUGAAUGCAUGCACCUAAAGAACUACCAUUGUUAUCCUGCAAUUAAAAUUGCUUCCAACAAAAUAUUCUACUUGGUACUACUUUGUAAUUAUAUAACUACAGCUAUUUAGUUUAGUCAGUGCAUAUGCACAUUACUUGUGGAUUUAUGAUGGGUUAGGGGGUGGAAAAAGCCAAGGCUGUCUCUGUUCUGUCUUGUAUAUAUGCAAUACAAAAGUUCUUUGUUCCAUUCACUCAACUAACAUAACGCAGCCGCAUCGUAUCCACGUCCAAUUUUGCAAACCAUGCAACGUUUAUAUAUGUUAGUCAUUGUCACAAGCUCCAAAUGACCAUUCAUCAAUAAUGUGGCAAUAUAAUCGUCUAAAAUGAUGCCAAUAAAUACGUUUAAUCUUAAA